CUUAAACUGAGGUUUGAAAAUCAUAUUUGACAUUUUUGGAGUGUAUGUAUAUUUUAUCUUCAGGUUGUAUUAACGAGUCCAUUUGAAAAUGAAAAAGCCUUUCGAAAGCUGAGAUCAUUGUUAUUGUUAUAAUUGCAAAAGUCGUAACGAAGGGACCGGAAAUCAUUCGCUGUUUUCAAUUUAGGACUAGAAACUAUCUGAGUUACCAUGAAUAAAACAUGAAAGUCUUUUGAAUUGGUUUCGACUGGUGGUACGSUGUUUGUGUGGUAUGAUAGCAAGCUGCAUACGGACAGCACUUCAAGUACUGAAAAAUGGUACUACAAACAGACUGGCAGCUAAAGAGRAGUUCUCUGGUYGCUAGAAACUCUUUCAUGUUCAAUAAUGACUUAAUUUCGGAUGUAAAUUUUGUUGUUUAUAGCCAGAAGUCGGCGUGUAAAGUCUUCGUACCCGCACACAAGUAUGUUUUAGCGAUUAGUAGCCCUGUGUUUUUAGCGAUGUUUUAUAGCAAUUUGGCUGUUGCUGGCAACACUGUGGAUCUUCCAGACUGUGAUUCCGAGGGACUUCUGGAGUUUUURAGGUUCAUAUAUUGUGAUACAGUGGAACUGUCAUUGCCUUCCGCRAUACAAGCUCUUUACUUAGCAAAGAAAUAUCUCGUACCUUCUCUGGCUAAAAUUUGCGUUGCUUUUAUAAAGGAGAAUGUGACGGCAGCCCAUGCGCUUGAAGUYUUGCCAUACGCAAUGAAACUAGACGAACAAGAAUUGACGGAAAAGUGUCUGGAAAUGAUCGAUGUUAAUGCRGAUAUUACGCUAACAAGUCGUUCUUUCCUGGACGUAAGUGAUGAUUUGUUGGAAAUUAUUCUAAARAGGGAUUCAUURUGCGUUAAGGAAAUAKACCUCUUCAAGGGCGUACAGCGCUGGCUCAGUCAUAACUACAUGCCUCAUUCAGUGUCACGAAUAUCGUCACGCAAGAACAAACCGCUUCACACUGUUGAUGAAAACAUAGAAACUCCUGUAAAGCGYGUUUAUAGUGGWACCUUURCGUGCCGUUGUCAGGAGAAUUGUGAUUGCGUGACAAAUAUGCUGCCGUCGUCCUCAGUUACCUCCCAAGGAGGGUUCAAGGUACCAAAAAGUCACGAAUUACGGAGCUGUCCUGAGUCACGCCAAGCUAAAGCUCACUUUGAUCAGAAUCAAAACCAAUUGAUAAUUUCUUCUACAACGGUUUCUUUUGCAAGRUUGUGCAGCGUUACUAAUCGGUUACUGAAGAAUGUUCGUUUUCCGCUGAUGUCGGAAGAAGACUUUAAACACCACGUGGUCCCKUCYAACCUUCUUUCUCACCAAGACAUYGUCGACUUGUUGGUCAGUUUUGGUCCUGUCCCAAACAAACUUGAAAAGUACUCCUCAACUCCACGUAAAGGCGGGCUAAAAMGAUGCUCUCGCUUUGCUGUAGUGUCUCGCUGGUUUCUCUACUCAGGSAGCCARUCAGAGUCCGUUAUAAUGUCCGUCAAUACACCAAUCAAGUUGUACGGUAUACGACUAUACGGMCAUGAAAAUUGUCAUUAUCGUCUCAAACUSAGCAUCUAUCCGCGUGAAAACCCUACCGAAAAACACGCAAUAGARGGAUGUUAUAAAUCCGAGACACGAGGCAGUGACGGUUACCAUGGGUACGACGCAGUGUUUGAUCAAUCCUUUCGUAUUGAGAAUGACGCUGAUUACGUCAUACAAGCUGUGAUUGCGGGCCCUCCUUCAGCUUAUGGGAAGGAAGCCCGUCGAUCGGUUGAGUGUGGAAAGGUUAAGUUUGAAUUCAAAGGAGAGGAAAACUCUAUCUUCCAAAACUUUGGUGUUGGACAAUUUUCCGAAAUUAUAUUCUUUGAAUUAUAAUGAUUAUGACUUUCCUUUUUGAAAAGCAAUUUUAUCUUGAAGAACCUUCCCCUAAUUCCCAAACAGGACACACUGRAUUAUUUCUGUAGACAGARCAUUCUUCAUUUUUUAUUCAAAGAAAUUAAGAAUAUUAUUGUAUGCUUUAAUUAUUAAUAUAAUUGUUAAUUGAUUCACGAAAUUUCGAUGUUUUAUACCAUGAUCAGUGUUGUAUUAAAAUGAAAAUGUACAGUGAAGCUUACAUUUCUUUUGAUGAAGUACUCUCUAGCGCCAUCUUGAGAGAGAGACGUUUAGAGUCCACGCAAUAAUGCACAACUCAAUGAAUACAGCUAUCCCAGAAAACGAUAAUACUGAAGGUAGUGUAUUCCAGGACUGCAGUGCAUUGUUAUUCGUUCUGUCGCUGUUCAAAAAGAGUGUGUUGCUGUAGAAAUGACUAUACCAGCUCUUCACAGUCAAGAACUUUAGUGGGAAGCAAUACUCCAAUUUCGAGAUCUGGUUUGC